AUGAUAAAGGCUAUUCUUCUCGCUGUAGCAAGUACCGUGGCCGGUCGUACCUUCACCGUUCAGAACUCUUGUUCAUUCACGGUAUGGCCUGCUAUCUUUACCGACCUAAAUGCGGGCUCCUCUGCCCUUUCAACUAAAACCGGCUGGGAGGCACCAGGAGGCUCAGAAUUCUCUUUCACGGUUCCCGAAAACUGGAAGUCUGGACGUAUUUGGGCUCGCACUGGAUGUGAUUUUACAAACAGCGAAGGGAUCGGGUCCUGCGUUACUGGUGGUUGCCUGGGUGGUUUACAAUGCGAUGCGAAUGUAGUCGCUCACCCACCGGUUACCUAUGCCGAAUUUACGCUAAAUAAUAACGGACAAGACCAUUACGAUGUGAGUUUGGUUGGCGGGUUUAACUUGCCGAUACGUAUUUCCAAUACUGCUGGUUGCGGUUAUGCCGAAUGUACCGUGAACCUCAACGAGCAUUGCCCAGAACCCCUAAAAGUACCAAUAGAUCCAAAUGGCACAGUUGCAGCAUGCAAGGUCCGGAACUCCCGGAGGUUGGGUGCGGAACGUGCCAGUUCCGGGGUUAGAGACCGGGCAAAGGUGAGUUCCGCACCUUUGCCUCGGAGAGUUGGUAUCACGGCCGUUCCACACCCUGUUCCGCACCCACUCCCGUUCCGCACCCUUGCACCGAUUUGCCCGAGCUCUGCAUGUACAUAG